UUUGCCCGCAGCAGCGCGAGCAGCAGUGAUUCUGAGAGGAACGGAGGGGGCAGUAGAGGUGUUACAGGAGCUCACGUCAGCACAACCAGCAGCACUGACGUCAGCACAACCAGCACAAGAGCCAGCACACGUGUCACCACACGAAGCACUGAAGCCAUCCCACCCAUACUCAUCAGCAGCAUCUCAGUCAGCACUGGAAACGCAAACCUCGUCACCUGCUGCUCAUCAUGCAAUCAGCACCACCCUGCUCUCACCUCUGCUCAACAGCAGCUACUCUGCUCUGCCCGCUCCUGCCUCUCUCUUCCAUCCAAGAUAUCGACGAGUGCUCCUCUUAGGCCCCGCGCUCUUCGCCCUGCAGCAGUUUGCAGGCAUCAACGCGGUCGUUUACUUCUCCUCCCACAUCUUCCGCUCUGCUGGAUUUUCCUCCGGCAUUGCCGCUUCUGUUCUGAUCGCCUUGUUCAAGCUAGCAGCUGUGCUGCUGGCCGCUCGUCUGGUUGACUCUGCAGGGAGAAAGCCCCUUCUCCUGCUCUCCUUCCUUGGCAUGGGGUGCUCUAUGUUGUUCCUCUCAGCUGUCCUCUCCUUGCCUCUCCUGCAACCCUGGGCGCCACUUCUGUCUGUUAUCGGCACAAUCGCGUACGUGACAGCAUUUUCCUGUGGAGUGGGCCCCAUACCCAGCCUGUUGCUUCCAGAGAUAUUCCCCGUGGAAGUGCGGGCUGCAGGAGUGGCCUUCAGCAUGGCCGUUCACUGG